GGCGCGCUCCUUUCCCAGCGGGGACCGCAGCGCCGUCAUCACGCCGAGGCGAACUUUUGUGGGCGUGAGUGAACUAGCUGCGGGUUGGGAAGGGAAAGGACCUGGAGCCCUCCGUGUGAAUGGCCAGGGGGGCAACGGGAAAGGAGCUGCGCAGGCGUGUGAGCGAGCGAGAAGGCCCCUCCGGCGAGUGAGGGGAGGCAGGAGGGGGUCUGUGGGGACGGGAGACCCUCCUCGGGCUCGUGGCUGGACCCUCCGCUUUCUGUGCCUCGGAGCAAUGCUCUUCCCCGCCUGCCGAGUUUCCCGUCAAGCACGUCAUUGUCUAAAUGCUUUGAAAUCAGCAAAAAAAGAUGGUCUUCCGCCUUUGUGUGUAACAAGAUGGGCUUCUUCUUCCCCUGUGCCUCGAAUCACUACCCACUAUACCAUUCACCCUCGGGACAAAGACAAACGAUGGGAAGGUGUCAGUAUGGAAAGAUUUGCAGAAGAAGCAGACGUUGUUAUAGUUGGAGCAGGCCCUGCAGGACUUUCUGCAGCUAUUCGACUGAAACAAUUAGCUAGUGAACAUGGCAAAGAAAUCCGUGUGUGCCUGGUGGAGAAAGCAGCUCAGAUUGGUGGACAUAUACUUUCUGGGGCUUGCCUUGAACCACGUGCCUUGGAGGAACUUUUCCCAGACUGGAAAGAGCGAGGGGCUCCACUUAAUACUACAGUAACAGAAGACAAAUUUGGGAUAUUGACAAAAAGCUCUAGAAUUCCAGUUCCCAUUCUUCCAGGUCUUCCAAUGACUAAUCAUGGGAAUUACAUCGUUCGCCUAGGGCACUUUGUGAGCUGGCUUGGAGAACAAGCUGAAGCGCUUGGUGUUGAAAUUUACCCAGGCUAUGGGGCAGCAGAGGUUCUUUUCCACGAAGAUGGCAGUGUGAAAGGGAUCGCCACAAAUGACGUUGGCAUCCAGAAGGAUGGGGCACCUAAGGCAACUUUUGAAAGAGGUUUGGAACUGCAUGCCAAAAUCACAAUAUUUGCUGAAGGUUGUCAUGGUCAUCUUGCAAAGCAGUUGUACAACACAUACAACUUGAGGGAGAACUGCCAGCCCCAGACUUAUGGCAUUGGCCUUAAGGAGCUGUGGCUUAUUGAUGAAAAGAAAUGGAAACCAGGAAGAGUAGAGCACACAGUUGGCUGGCCUUUGGACAGACAUACAUAUGGAGGGUCAUUUCUUUAUCAUUUAAACGAAGGUGAACCUUUAGUAGCUCUAGGAUUCGUGGUUGGCUUGGAUUAUCAAAAUCCUUUCCUGAGCCCAUUUAAGGAAUUCCAAAGGUGGAAACACCAUCCCAGUGUGCAGCCUACUUUAGAAGGUGGGAAGAGGAUUGCUUAUGGUGCCCGAGCUCUUAACGAAGGUGGUUUCCAGUCCAUACCCAAACUCACCUUCCCUGGUGGAGUCCUUAUUGGAUGCAGUCCAGGUUUCAUGAAUGUUCCUAAGAUUAAAGGUACACACACGGCAAUGAAAAGUGGCAUGGUGGCCUCUGAAGCCAUUUUCAGCCAACUAACUAAUGAAAAUCUCCAAUCAAAAACUAUAGGGCUUAAUGUGCCUGACUACGAAGACAAUUUGAAAAAGUCAUGGAUAUGGAAAGAACUCUAUGCAGUUAGGAACAUCCGUCCUUCGUGCCAUGGAGUCCUGGGAGUGUAUGGAGGAAUGAUUUACACUGGCAUAUUUUAUUGGAUACUAAGAGGAAUGGAGCCUUGGACACUAAAACACCCAGGGUCGGAUGCAGUACAGCUAAAGCCAGCCAAAGACUGCACACCUAUUGAAUACCCCAAACCUGAUGGAAAAUUAAGUUUUGACUUGCUCUCGUCAGUGGCUCUUAGUGGUACUAAUCAUGAACAUGACCAACCAGCACAUUUGACGCUGAAAGACGAUAGUGUUCCUGUCAACAAAAACCUAGCUAUAUACGAUGGACCUGAGCAACGAUUCUGCCCUGCAGGAGUCUAUGAAUACGUUCCUGUGGAAACGGGAGAAGGGCUACGAUUACAGAUAAAUGCUCAGAACUGUGUCCACUGCAAGACGUGUGAUAUCAAAGAUCCAAGCCAAAAUAUUAACUGGGUUGUACCUGAAGGGGGAGGAGGACCCGCUUAUAAUGGAAUGUAGCUCUGAUCAAAACUGACUGAAAAACUUUCCUAAGAGAGACUGCAAACUUUGGUUUUGUUAUCCUCAGAAGAGAUGCCACCAGUGGUCUGAAGGGUUCUGUAGGAGGCCCACAUCCUACUGAAGGCUGCACCUCUGUAAUAAAUACAAGAUAAUCCUUGCCUUGAACACACCUUUGCACUGUACCAAAAAAAAAGGCCCGGGGAGUAGAAAGCAUUUGAAUAUACUUUCAUCUGAUUUACCUAAUAAUUCAAGACUUGAAUACUAAUAAUGAAGCCUAUAUUCAAGCAUAUGGAAGGGUACCUCUAAAUGCUCUGUAACCACUGAUGCUAUGAAUAACUGCGAUGAAUUUGAUCUUAAAGAUACUUUGCAUUAAAUAAGGGAAUAGAGGCAGGAGCACAUGGUUUUGUUUAAUAAUAAA